AUGGCAACUUUCACUAAUUAUCUCAAAUUGGGAGAAAGAUUAUCUCAGGUAUGGUUGAAUAAAUAUACGCUAUUGCUACUGUUAGCAAUGUUGAAGUUGUACUUCUUCUCUAAAUCACUUGAUCAUUCAUUGACAGCGUCAAAAAAUUACAUUUUAUCGAACUGUGAUACAAUUGAUUCACUAUAUUCGAACAUCAAAACGGAUACGCCCCAUUAUAUUGCUCUCAUGGGCAAUUAUCUUAUAGAUAAAUCCCUGGAAGAAGUGGUCAAAGCUUCAUUAGAGACGCUUUCCCUUUUAGUUUAUGCCACUGAAGAAAUACUGAACUUUAUUAUUGACAUUUAUCUGGGCACUUACGCGUGCUUAAUUGUCAGUGCUGUGGAUGGUACUGUGGAAGUUGCUACUAAUGUCACCGAAAAACUAAUUUCAUUUGUAAAUACUACUGUUGGAACUAUUGCUAAUGAUUUAGAUGAUGGCCUAGAAGAUGCGUCCGAAGUUAUAAACAAAGUUUUGAGUGCUGUUUCUGAGGUAGAGUCCUGGUUCACUGAUGAUGAUGAUGAUGACGACGGUUCGGAAUCAAUUGCACAUGUUAACUUGACAAUCUCAGCUUUAAGAAAUUUAUACAUCCCGUCAUCAAUCAAUACUAAACUGGAGGAAUUGGCCAACGAUGUACCAAACUUUGCAGAAGUAAAAAAUCUGACAAAAGAAAUGCUUUCUGUCCCAUUUGAAGCAGUUAGAAAUGACAUAGAGUCCACCAAUGUAUCAAAAAUUAUAGGCAAUCAAACAUUUUUAUUUGUACCGUCAUUAGAUGAAACUGUAAGCAAUAGUUCAAAUACUUGUUCAGCACAUAAGCCACUUAUACGUGAAGUUUAUAGUGAUACAGUCGCUUCACUCCAUACUUUGACCCUUAUCUUUAUCAUUAUAUUAGCAGUCUGUGCAGUAGCUGCGCUUUUUCCAGUAGCAUUCAGUGAAUAUAGGCUGUGGAAAAGACUUGUUACCAUGAGAGAACUUUACAUAAGCAAACAAGACUUUUUCACUACAACCGAUGAUGAUUAUUCUGACUCAACAACUUUAAAAUCUGUGAGAGAAGAGCCAUAUGAUGUUAUAUCAAGCUAUCAAGAAGCAUUCCAUAGAUGGCAAACUAGAGUAGCUGGUGCCUUCACGUUUUUAAUAACAUUGGGUAAUAGAAAGUAUAAGGGUAAGACAAGAGAGAAAAUACAAUGGUUUGUCGCAUAUAUUUCGUCUGAGCGUGCGUUGAUGGUACUCGGAAUAGGUCUACUUGCAUUGAUAGUUUGUGGAAUGCAGUUAGCUUUAAUCCAAUAUAUGGAACAUAAAGUGAAGGGCACAUCCAUCAGUUACACAUACACAAAUACAAGCACAAACGAUUACUUUUCCAAGGAUAUGGAUAUCUGGGGUCAACAAAUCAACUCUUACAUCAAUUCUACAGAAAGAAAUAUAAACACACAAGUGUUUGGAUGGGUUGAAGAUGCCACAGAGUCCGUUAAUACCACGAUAAACACAUUAAUCACAGAAAUUGACAAUACCUUAGCGGAUUAUUUCAAUGGGACAUUAUUUUACAAACCAAUGAAAACGGUCGUGUGGUGCGUCAUUGAAAACAAACUCAGUACCAUAGAAAAGGCUAUGACAUGGAUUCAUGAAAAGGCGCAGAUUGACCUUCCCAAAGUCAAUGUUACAGAAAUUGAAAACUCAUUAAAUUAUCAGGUACAAAACCCUUCAAGUUCUGUUAAUAAACUUGUUAAAGAACUCAUACAGGAUAUGCGUGAAGGUGUGUUAGAAAUUCUAUCUCUUGCACACAAGACUGCUAUGACCGAACUGUACAUUGCAUUAAUUAUAAUAGGUGUUUGGCUCUUACAACUUCCUAUAGCUCUCAUAAUAAUGCUACUAAAGAUGAGGUAA